GAUCUGUCUCCUGCGUCUGUGGCUGACUGAGAGUAAGAAUUGUUCCGUCCGCCGCCGCGCCGUACUGCAGCUCUCCUCCCGACUGCGCGGCUCGCCGAGCGGACACUGCGCUUAGCGUGCACCGGCGACGAUGGAGCCCCGAGCGCCGUGACGCCGCAGCCGGGUCGCACGCACACAAAGCCGGGGGAUGAGACGGUGAGGAGAGGCUUCGUGUAUGGGCUAGCUCGCGGUGAUUAACUCGCCCGAACCAUGUCGAAGAGCCUCAAAAAGAAAAACCACUGGACCAACAAAGUCCACGAAGCGGUGAUCACCCGUGGGAAGGACGGAGAGCUGGGCUUCGAGCUGAAGGGGGGCGCGGAAAACGGCCAGUUCCCCUACUUCGGUGAGGUGAAGCAGGGGAAGGGACUGAUCCAGAGCGGAAAACUGGCCCAGGAUGAGCUGCUGCUGGAGGUCAACGACAUGCCAGUGGCCGGGCUCACCACCCGGGACGUGCUGGCCGUCAUCAAGCACUGCAAGGACCCGGUCCGCUUCAAAUGUGUCAAGCAAGGGGGGGUAGUUGACAAAGAUUUGCGGCACUACCUCAACCUUCGCUUCUCCAAGGGCUCAGUGGACCACGACCACCAGCAGAUCAUCAGAGACAACCUCUACCUCCGCACCGUUCCCUGUACCACCAGGCAGCCUAAGGAGGGGGAGGUGCCAGGGGUGGACUACAAUUUUGUGAGCGUGGAGCGUUUUAUGGAAUUGGAGCAAAGUGGAGCCCUGUUAGAGAGUGGAACCUAUGAAGAUAACUUCUACGGGACACCGAAACCUCCAGCGGAGCCGUCCCCGGCAGCCCCUCCUCUGAAUGUGAGUGAGGCUCUGCUUCCUGGAGCCCGGCCGAGCGCCCAGGGCAAGAGAAAGAGGAAUCAGUCGGUCAGCAACAUGGAGCAGCGCGCCAGCCUGGAGCCGCCCGAGGAGGAGGAAGAGGAGAGCCCAGUUGUCAAUGGCAACGGAGUGGCCAUCACACCGGAGUCCAGUGAACAUGAGGACAAGAGUACAGAUGCCUCUGGGGAGGUUGCAGCUGAAGGGUCCAGCCAGGCCCCAGCAUCAUCCGAGCCUCCGACUGAAGGAGAGGAGGCCCCAAAGUCUCCCUCCAAAUCCCCCUCCAAAGUCCCUGAUGUAGAUGAAGAAGAGCUCGGUCCUCUGCCUGACAACUGGGAGAUGGCUUACACAGAGAAGGGGGAAGUUUACUUUAUAGAUCACAACACCAAAACUACAUCGUGGCUCGAUCCGCGGCUAGCGAAGAAAGCGAAACCACCCGAGGAGUGCAGGGAGGAUGAACUGCCUUAUGGUUGGGAGAAAAUAGACGACCCCAUCUACGGCAGCUACUACGUCGAUCACAUCAAUCGAAGGACUCAGUUUGAAAAUCCAGUCCUUGAAGCCAAGAGACGUCUGGAGCAGCAGAGACAGAUGCAGAGCCAGGGACUCUCUGCUCUGCCUUUACCCACAAUAUACAGAGAAAAGCCGUUGUUUACGAGGGACCCGACCCAGCUGAAGGGCACCUUCCUGUCCACGGCCCUGCAGAAGAGCAACAUGGGAUUUGGCUUCACGAUUAUUGGAGGCGACGAGCCCGACGAGUUCCUGCAAGUGAAGAGUGUUAUACCAGACGGACCCGCCGCUCAGGACGGGAAAAUGGACACAGGGGACGUCAUCGUCUACAUUAAUGACAUCUGUGUGCUCGGCACGACUCACGCCGAUGUUGUGAAGCUCUUCCAGUCCGUACCGAUUGGUCAGAGUGUUACGCUUGUGCUCUGUCGAGGAUAUCCGCUGCCCUUCGACCCCGAGGACCCGAACGCUGCAGCGAGCGCCUCCCUCACGCCCAUCGGACUGGAGCACCGCCCACUGGUGGUGAACGGGCGCGGCAGCUACGACCCCUACCUGGAGUAUCUGUCGCUGAGCUCCCAGCUACCCCCUCAGGCUCUGGCGCAGGCCGGAGCCUCUCACCCCGGGGACACUCAUCUGGAUGGCUCGUCGCUGCCGCCCACCACGCCCGGUUCGGCGUCCGCACACACGCCGCGCGAUGAUAAUGUCUCUAUGGCCUCGUCUGGGGCGGCUGGUGUUGCCGGGGCAACGGGACAAGGACCAGAGCUGCUGACGGUGACGAUGGUGAAAGGUGCAGAAGGUUUCGGGUUCACAAUCGCAGACAGUCCGACCGGGCAGCGAGUUAAACAGGUGUUGGAGCCUGGUUCACAAGGCGCAUCGGGCCUGAUCGAAGGAGACCUGAUCCUGGAGGUGAACCAGCAGCCGGUGGCUUCAGCGGGACACGGACGAGUGGUGGAGAUGCUCAAAGAGUGUCCAGUGGGCGCAGAGGCAACACUCCUCAUACAGAGAGCAGGAACAGGUCACAUCUCCCCAUGGAAGGCGUCCAAACAAUGGGACCCUCAGGGCAGCCCUCAGACGAACCUAUCCGGCCCGGUACUGCCGCCUGGCACGCCUUUCCCAAACCAACCACAUCACCGCACAUCUGUACCCGACUCCACAGAGGGCUUUGACCUGAACAAACCCGACCCUUAUGACCUUUAUGAGAAGUCGAGGGCCAUCUAUGAGAGCAGACGUCCUGAGUACGAGGAGGUGGAAGUGCAUCUGCUAAGGGAGAAAACGGGCUUCGGCUUUCGCAUCCUGGGGGGAGACGAGGCCGUGCAGGCUGUGAGUCCGGACGCCCGUGACAAGAUUGUUAUUGGCGCUAUAAUAGAGAACACUCCCGCUGAGCGCGACGGCCGGCUUCGACCCGGGGACGAGCUAAUUUCAGUGGAUAAAAACGUGGUUGCUGGGAAACCGCACAAAUACGUCAUUGACUUGAUGCACGCCGCCGCCCGCAAUGGUCAAGUCAGCUUGACUGUGAGGAGGAGAGUGCAGAUGCCUGCUCUUUUCCUCUCGUUUCCAUCAGGAGAGCCUUGCCCGGUGAACGGCCGGAGUCCUGGUUCUGUGUCGACGCAGCACAGCUCUCCGCGCAGCGACGCAGCCUCCGCACCGGUCCCCGUGACAACAAACGCUCCAGCUGCAACCUCGGCCCCGGAGGGGUCCGCUCUGCAGACCAGCGACGUGGUCAUUCACCGCAAGGAGAAUGAGGGCUUUGGCUUCGUCAUCAUCAGCUCCCUGAACAGACCGGAGAACACCACAGUCAUCACUGUGCCUCACAAAAUUGGACGCAUCAUUGAGGGAAGCCCUGCGGACAGAUGUGGGAAGCUGAAGGUGGGAGACCGAAUCCUGGCCGUGAAUGGACAGUCCAUCAUCAGCAUGCCUCACGCAGAUAUUGUCAAGCUCAUCAAAGAUGCUGGACUAACAGUCACGCUGCACAUCAUACCAGAAGAAAGUUCCCAGUCUGGACCCAACUCAGAGAAACAGAGCCCCAUGACCCAGAAACACAGCCCACAGACCCAGCCCAGUCCUGUAGCCCAGCCAAGCCAAGGAGGCGCCCAGUCAAGCCAAAUGGCCGCUCAGUCUGGCCAAACGACAGCUCAGCAGCCGGGUCAAGCACUGGUCCAGCCCGGCCAGACAGCAGCUCAUAUUAACCAAACGGUGGGUGGGCCUCCUGCACCAGCAGCCUCCCAGCCCGCACCAGCUGGAAACCAGCAGAGCCCGGUCACCCAGCCCUCUGGCCUUCCUCCGCAGCUCUACCUCCAUGACGGCAGGAAUUCUUACCCACCGUUUUCCUGGUCAGAGGUAAAAGCAAGGCAGGACGUCAAACCGGAUUUCCGUCACCCUCCGUUCACCGACUAUCGGCAGCCUCCUGUGGACUAUCGUCACCCUCCGGUCACUGAUUACCGCCAGCCGCCGACUCUGGACUACCGGCACCCGCCUGGCCUUCUGGACUUCAGGCAGCAUCCUGCAGCAGCGCAGUUCCCUCUGGGAAUCCCUGCUGACUUCAGACCACAGGACUAUGAUUAUUUCACGGUGGAGCUGGAGAAAAGUGCAAAGGGUUUCGGCUUUAGCAUUCGUGGGGGCAGAGAGUACAGCAUGGACCUGUUUGUGCUGCGGCUUGCAGAGGACGGGCCCGCAAUACGGAACGGGAGGAUGAGGGUGGGGGAUCAAAUCAUAGAGAUUAACGGAGACAGCACCCGGGACAUGACUCACGCCCGGGCCAUUGAACUCAUAAAGGCGGGAGGCAGGCGGGUCAGGCUCCUGCUGAAGAGGGGCACCGGACAGGUCCCGGAAUAUGACUGUGCCAGCCCCUGGGAUUCCCUUUCUACAGCCCACUCUGCCCUGCAGGAAGUGACCCUGGAACCACAUCUGAAUCCAUUACUUCCCUCCCAUCCAGCUUCAUCCCCAGACUCUCCUCAUCGGCUCCAUCUAGAGGCCAAAGUGUGCAUGGCAGACAAAGCUCCGCUGCUGACAGACCACAGCUCCAUUAGAAGGGCAAUAGGUGGCAGGUCCACUGAGCAGAAGUGCAUCAACGUGGGGCAGGGAACCCUUCAGGGGUCUGGAGAGGUGAACCCUGCACCUGGAGAAAAGCCGCCUCGGGCUUUGUCUCACAAAGCGGUUAUGGGAAGGUCCACUGACAGAAGAGAGAGGCAGAAGGAUAGCUGCUCGUCCUGUUGUGAGAAGAAGGGCCGGCAAAAACACGCAGCGGGCGCCGUUUCGCCCUGGGACCCAUAUGUGACAGUGAAUCUGAACGGAGCGUCUCCGGGAGGAGGAGACGGACCGGUCGGCCUCCAGGAACGGCUGAUGUCCAGGAAUCUGUUCCCCAGAGAAGACGAGAAGGCCGGCGGCCACAGCGGGGUGUGCUGCCCUUCUAAGACCAUCGAAGGUCCUCCAGCAAGGAGCGCAGCUGCCUCCCCUGGGCCCUGGAACAUCCCUGGGCCCGACAAGCUGCCUGGCACCCUGAGGUCCUGGACCUCCACGGUGAGCCGGUAGAGAAGAUCCUCACACUGUUUGGCUCUGUGUUCAGUUCUCAUCACCAGGAAAGCAUCUUCCUUCAAUCUGUCUGUCCUGAUUUCUGCUCCACCUGCGUAUGAAGUCUGUUUUUACAUGUAUUUUUAUUCAUACAAGAAGAUUAUUACACCCACUACCUUAAGGACUGGAGAAACUUUAUAAAAUAUGAUGAAGGACCCUCACAUGUGAGCGCUGCUCAAAUCUCAUUUUAAAGUGUGGAGCUUCACACCUUUACUUGGUCGACUGAAGGUAUACAGGGAGUAAGUAUUGAACACAUUACAGUUUCUCUGAGUAUUUCUAACAGACUCAAAUACAUAAAAAAAUAAACCAGUACACAUAAAAAAAAGUAAACAGAGAAAUCUGAGCAAAAAAGUGAAAUGCACAGGGAAUAAGUAUUGAACAAAAUUGUUUGGUGAAUUUGGUCUUUUGACCAGAUUUUCCACCAGUAUUCUGUUGUUUUUUCCAGUUGUCAACAAGUCUUGACAUGCUUUUUUUCAGCAGUGGAGUCUUGUGUAGUGAAUGUUCAUAGAGAAAAUAUAUGUUGAGUACAUAAAUAUUCUAAUUUCUCCUAAUUCUAGGUCUUUCUUAAGCUCUCUUUGGCCCUUUGCUCUUGGAUAACUGAUUCUGAUUAUUUAAGCUCUUUGCAAAAUCUUGAAAGGAGCAUUUGAUCGACCUGGUUUAUGGUUAAACUUACGUUCCUUCCAGUUCAGUUCUACUGUUCCAUCGGUACUGACCUGGAAAAUUCAUAAGUCUAGUUUGUAACCAAAGCCGUCACGUAUAUAUUGCAACAAUAACCACCAUGCUCCUUGCACAACACCUUCAAAAUAUAAAAUGUUUUAAUUAAUUAGUUUGUUCUGAUAGGGAGAAUGUUUUUUUUUUUUUUAAUUCUGACAGAUUAUAGUUGUUUUGUGUAUCUUUUCUUCAUGUAUUCAAUACUUGUUCCGUGUAUCAUUUCAAUGUAUUACACUUAAAAACUAAUUUAUGCACUAAUUGGUGUUAAAUUCAUUGUAUUUAUGGAUUAUUUGAGCUGUUGGUGACACCUGGUAUUCAGGGUUUCAUUAUUGACCCAUUAUCUAUAUACUGUAUAUAUACAGUAUAUAUAUAUAUAUAUAUAUAUAUAAUAUACUGAGAAUUUUUUGUGCUCAGUACUUAUUUUCCCUGCUGUACAUCAGCACAGGAAAUCUUCAUUUUGCUCCAUCUCUCUGUGAAGAAGAAAGAUUAAAACAUUUUUGAGUGUUAGAGAGGUAGGAAGCUGGAGCUCUUGAUUCAUAUGUUACAUGCCUACAAAUAUAUACUGUAAAUGUAAAGAAGAUGUGAAAAUUAUGUACAUUUUGUAUACUCAAAAGCAGACCUGUUGGUGUUUUUGAGGCAGUGUUGUAGUUAGAUACAUUGUACAAAAUAAGGAUUAAAAAAACAGAUAAGUAUCCUGGGACAGUAUUUUAGGAACACUGUUUCCAUGGCCUUGUCCAUAUCGACAUAUCAAAGACUGACUCUAAACCGCAAACGGAGGCGGUGUUAGUGUGCAUGGAUUCCAGACAUGUCAGUCUUUCUGAAGAGCUCUGUGGGAAUAUCACCUCUGGAGGAUGAAUCGGAUGUUUUUAAUUCACCACUUUCAAAUGACUGAGAACAUUUGGCUUAGUAAGAACUCAUACUGCUCCUCUCUCAGUUGUGUACUCAACCUGAUCACAAUUCAACCAUGCAGUCAUUGUGCAGAGUUGUAAAGUUGUGUGUAUUCAUUUGACGCCCAACAGGAACACUUUGUCCAGUCUCCUAUUUCUAUGCCUUUUAACUGUGCUAAGUGUACCACAUCACUGUGGGAGAGGGGAGGAGGAGGUCGACGGUUAUGAGGUGAGGCGGAGUGCCUUACUCAAACUAAUGCAGAGAUUUGUUUUUUGGGAACUUGGUGAACCAGGCUGAGAUGUGGAGCCUGUUUUUUUUUUGCUUCAGACGUUAACGCCAAGCAGUAUCUAUCUGGAUGCACUCUACAGCUGUAAAGAUCAGCCGUCUCAAUUAUUGCAAUUGUCCCCCGAGUGAUUCAGACGGGGAGAAAAAUGUAGCCUGUAGCAUCACAUCCUCUCCUUGAAGUAAUGUGGAGCUGUUUAUCAAAGCGAGCUAAACAUCAGAGUGGGUCAUGGUUUCCGUUUCACUUUUGUUUGUUCUCUAAGGAAACAUUAGGUUUGUAUUAAUGUCACAGGCCCAUGGUGAGCCCAUGAACACAAACAUAUUUGUUUAAUAACCAAAUGUUGGGUUUAGUCGAGGUUAAGGCACGCUGCUGAUAAACUAAGACGCUCGAGGGAAUGUCAAUUUUCUCCUGCAGUUCUCCAAUUGGAUGGCAUUUAAAUCUUUUUUGCAAGAUUAUUAAAAAUGAACCACUGGAGCUUUUGAGUACCGGAGGACAGCAUGACGGCACGCCCACACCAGACCUGGAAACUGCUGGAAAUGUGCUCCUUUGUGAAGCUACCUGCAUUCCUGGGGUCACUAGUAAGAUCUUUUACACCGAGGAUCCCAGGGAUUGAUGUUAAUCCACAGCCAAACCUGGUCUGGAUGGUUCCACGCUGACAGAACUGUGGGGUCUCUUUUGUGAUUUAGCGAGGUCCCCGACAAACAUGUCAUUAGGGAGUAGAAACGUGUUUUCUGUACGUAUGUAGAAAAGCUCAGAGAACAUGUCAACCUCCGUUUCCAUCCAGGCCGCCCCCCUCUGCCUGCUGUGACUGGGUUUGUACGUCACACAAAACAAAAAAGACAAACUGCUUAUUAAACCUGUGAAGGAUGGCAAGUUCAUAUCCCCCCCGCCCCCAUCGAGAUCCAGUAUAAUUGUGUAGUGUUAAUUGUGUAAUAUUCACCUUGUACAGCUGUAUUCCUACAAAUAUGGUUUACUGUAUCAUUGAUACUGUAGUUUCAAAGACGUGAACAACUAUUUUUAUGAAAUGCGACAGUACUGAUAUAUUACAUUUUGCUAAAAAACAAAAAACUUGUUUACUGAAAGAUAUUCUGAAAUACUGUCAAAUAAACUCUUGACAUGGUGUAAAACAGA